UAGUCCUGAAGGUGGCAGUAAAGCUGUGUGUUCCCUAAAUACUACAAAAGAAGAAGAAGAAGUAAUCCUUCCUAUCUGUCCUUGAAGCUACAAAGAAGGCAAGAUGGUUGCAUACUGGAGACAGGCAGGCCUAAGCUACAUUCGCUUCUCCUCUAUCUGCGCCAGCGCGGUGCGAGCUGCCAUGAAACCGCAGGUCAAAGCCGAGGCGAUGAAGGCCGCAGAAUCUAACGUCAAGGUUUUUAAACCCAAAACAGCAGCUUCAUGAUUUGACACCACAAUGUAGAUACGUUUUCCCUUGAGUUGUGAGGUCCUGUCACUGUCUUGCCCUGCGGAGGAGAGGAUGGAUAACAUCAAGAUGAGGUGUUCCAGUCUGGGGGGACCUGAAUGAAUUUGUUUCCCCUUUAAUUUGUGAUGAAAAAACUAUUAAAGAUGGAUAACCAAAAUACA